CCUUACCACCUUGGUUAUAAGCAUGAUUGUCUAAUUCACUAGGUCAGACAGUUUGAUGGCAUGCUAAGAAUUCGUUGGCCCAACAACUCAUAGAUGUUCGAUAAUGGAUCUUACAACACAUACUAAUACGUUCCAUCAAACGAUACCCACAUCUAUGAACUUGAAGUUUGCGCACAUGUUCGUACAUACAAUGUGCUUAACAAAUGGGGUCACCGGGAUUCAAACAAAAAAAAAAUUCGGCCACAGAAGACUCUGAUACCAUGUCAAUAACCUCUUAAUACCAACAGCUCGAAUUAACAUGAUCACCAAUGAAGACCCAACCAAGAUAUCACUAAAUCCUUAACACAAUUGAUGCUUGGGAAAGGUGUAUCAUUCUUGGUCAAAUUUGUGAGCUAAAAUCAUAUGCCCUUCUAGAAAUUUUAUAAGAAAUUGUCGCCGGUGAUGAGGUGGCACUUGUGUCACCGACAUGAUUCGUGAAAGCAGUGCGACGGCCGACGAUUAUUGGGGCCCCAAGGCAUGGUUAAUAGCUGGCCAGGGCUAAUCCACGAUCACAGCGCGGGGAGUAUUUAAACAAUUCCUCAUUUUAUGAGUUAAAAAAGAGGUUUAAGGAAUGAGGUGGCACGUGGAUACUCCAGCAAGCUAGGUCAGCACUACAUUAACAAAAGAUGAUGACUGAACAACAGAAAAAGAUGACGCAUUUAUGAGGAUUGAGGUGACAAUCCCCAAAGUCGCACUUAAUUAAUUGAUUAAAGUAAGCUAAUCAUAUUAGUUAUCUAGCUUAUGUUCUAUCAUGUAAUUAAUUUAACUCAGGUUUAAGGCUGUAGCCUAACGCCCUAACCUUGUGGCUUGUGCCCCUGUUCACACCAACCAUGUAGCCACCGUAUAGCCAUUAGGGUGGAUUCGGUUCGGUUUGGUUAUAAUCGAUAACUGAUUUGUCGGUUAUCGGUUAACCGAAUCACCAUCUCCCCCUACCGAACACCAACCGAAGCCAAUGCCUCGAUUAACCAAUAACCGACCGGUCGGUUAAUCGAGAUAAUCGAAAAAAUGAUGGUGGUUCGGUUUUAACCGGGUAAAAUUAUUAGAAUAGCCUAAAAUGAAAGGUUCUAACUUACAUUUCUACAUCUAAAUCACACCCAAAGUAAAGUCUCAAUCACUUUUGCAUAGAAAAUACAUCUAAAUCACCAAAUUAAUGUCUCAAAUUCAACAACAUAAAGUUAUAAACUUCAUAACCGGGUAUUUUCACGUCGUUUUGGUGAGGGGGUGGUCGGUCGAUUAUUUUUGGUUAUUAUCGGUUAACCGGUUUUUGGUUAUUCGAUUAACCGAAUUACCUAUUCGGAGCUCCGACCACCGACCGAAGCAAAUAAUUUUCGGUUAUUGGUUAACCGAUUUUCGGUUACUCGAUUAACCGAAUUACCUAUUCGGAGCUCCGACCACCGACCGAAGCAUAUAAUUUUCGGUUAUCGGUUAACCGAUAACCGCCGGUUACCGGUUUAACCGGCCAGUUAACCGGCAACCGAUAACCGAACCUCCGGCCCUAAUAGUCAUGCCCAGACUUUUUAUUUUCGGUGAUUCCCAUUAGCCAGACAUUCCACUAACAAGUGGGUUGUCAUUCUUUAUUAUCGAAGUUAAAAAAAAAGACGCGACGUAUAAGAUGGGUGUAGGAGUCUUAUUCGUCGACAAAAUGUUCAUAGCACUCUAGAUGCGCCUUUUUGAACCAUGCUCUUAUGAUUUAUCACCGACACAACUAUUAAGUAAAGUGUGAAAAUUCAUCAUGAGAGAUAUAAGUGAUAUAUCUAUUAUACAACACACGUAUCCUUUAAUUUGUUAUGGACAAAGGUAACCUCUGGUCAUCAUAAUAGAAAUAUGACAUGGAAUUUCCAGGUUCAAUAAAUAAAGAUAAUGCACAUUCUUCUGCUUUGCAAUCUUACCACACCUGUGGUUUACCUAGUGGGUUGAAGACUUGGAAUUUAUUGUGGAAUUCCAAGUUAGCAAAUUGCAACCUUAGGCUGUUAAUUACACAAGUCUUCGUGAACUUUAACCGUGUGUUUAUGGAAAAUCUUAGAUUGAAAAUUCAAAUUAUGAAAAAUGAAGGCUCCUUAAUUUUUUGUUGCAUAUGGUUGGUUUCCACUCUCCAAUUCUCUUUGGACUUUUACUCGUCGGUUGUGGUGGCCGGAACAUUUUGUGCUAUCAUGAACAGAUACUCUUAUUUUUCUCCUAAAACCCAAAAGCCAAUUGGUGGACUCCAUAAUUGACUUAAUGUAACCAGGAUUUGAGUCACUUUAUAAAGUAAAAAUUACAUUUGAAAGUGUUUUUUUGGAGUUGGAGUUGCUAUCAAAUUAGUUCAAGAUUGCGACUACUAGGGCAUCAGAACUUUAAUGUAUAAAGUAGGUAGUUAAUGGCCAUUUUUCAAGAUGACCUUAUCAAUGACAACAACAUAGAAACAAAAUCUCUUCUUAUACUUCUCCAUUUCCCCUAAAAUAUGACCUUAUUUAGACUGGUUUUUUCAUAGUCAUUUACUAUAUAAACAACUUUCAUUUUAUAAAAAAAGAAAUUGUGUAUACGAGACACAUGAUUGUACUGCUAGGACGUACAAACUUCUACCUAAUAGAGAACAAAAAAAAAACUAGAAGACAAAGGAGUUUUUUUUUAUCCAAGAUAAGCCCCAGGCAUGAUCGAACAACAAAUAUAUUAAACUGAUAAUAAUAAAGAAUGGUAGCCCUUAUGCAACCGGACUCCCAAUAAAAGAGCCUUUUUUGCCACGAGGUGGGCAGAUCUAUGAAAGCUCCGAGGAGCAAAGACGCGAAACUGACACAGGGAGUCGAGAAGAGAGAAAGAACUUCCCUUAAAAUAUCUCCGACUUUAGAAUGAGAAGACUUCCUCGAUGUAGCAUCCUGAUGACAGUAGCUAAGGACAUAUAGUACAAUUGCAUUGAAUAUCCAAGAUGAUCAAAGAAGUAAGAGUAUCUGCAUCAUUGAAGUCGCUAGCAUCGCACCGACAAAGUGAUAAACGACAACAAUCGAAAUUAGAGUUUUAUCAAAUCAAUGUCCCCUUUCACAUCUAACCAUCUUGUCCAUGAUAAUAUUUUUUUUGGUGAGAUCUUGUCUAUGAUAAUAUGAUAGAUAAAAACAAUUAUCCAUACUUAGAAAAUAUGUUUACAAAAGUUAUUAUGAUUCUGAUUCUAGAUUAGCGUAUCUUAGGGGUCGUUUGAAAGUUUUGAUUUCAAAUGGUGUAUUGAAUCAAUUCAUAUGAGAUUAAGUCGCUUUUUUGACUUAUAUUGAACUAGAAUACAUGCAUUAACUUUUUGGAGACCCCACCAACCACCAUAAUCACUCUUAAUUGAGUGAUAAUCAAUUUCUACACUUUGUUGAGAUUCUUCACAAUCACUCAAUAUUAAUCUUUAUGACUUUACAACAAACCACAAUCUAAACCUCCAAACAAAAUAUUUUUCUAAUACAUCAAUUGAUUCAAUACAUCAAAUGAUAAUACACUAAUUUACUCAAUACAUCAAUUUGAAUAAUUAUAAUUUCUAGAUCGUAUUACCGUUAUGUAACAAAGUACAUGUAAUUUACCUAUAACACAGCCUAAAAGAACGGCCAUUCUAGAAGCCCAGAACCGGAAAUUAGCGGGAAGGGAUUUACUUAAACACCGGUGUUACAAAAAUAAAACGAUUUGAUUCCCGUUCCUCCAAUCCACGUGUACGAGGCUCGGAAACAAAAUAAAAAUAAAAAUAAUACGCGGCAGCAGCGGCUUUAUUCCUAGCUCAGUAGUUGAACCAUUUCACAUUUUCACUGCCUCCGGCCAGCCAUGGAAAUGAGACAGAAGAAGGCGAACACUGAAACGACAAUAAUCUUCUUUUCCUUCUUCUUCGCCUGCGCUCUCUUCACUCCUUCCGCCGUCGCCGAUCCCCGAACGACAGAUCAGUCCGGCCUAUUCUGCGGCGCAGCUCGCCCGCCGCCGUCCGUCGCCGCUAGCUUCAUCCCUACAUUCGUCAAAGAAAUGGACGCCCUGAGCUCCCAGCUCAUAAACAACAAGCAAAAAUUCGCCACUUACCAUCUCAACAACUCCGCAAUCCCCUUCUACGCCUUGAUCCAGUGCCACGCCGACCUCUCCCAGACCGACUGCCUCCUCUGCUACGCCGCCGCCCGCACGAAGCUCCCCCGCUGCCUCCCCGCCGUCUCCGCCCGGAUCUACCUCGACGGCUGCUUCCUCCGCUACGAGAAUUACAGCUUCUACACGGAAUCCGUCUCCCCAGCCAUCGACAACUUCACAUGCGGCAGCGCCGCCGCCGCAGGAGCGGAAUUCGAGUUCGCGGAGAGCGUGAAGUACGCGGUGGCGAAUGUGACGAGGAACGCGGCGGCGUCGGAGGGAGUGAGCGGGUUUUUCGGAGUGGCGGAAGUUGGAGGAAGAGCUUAUGCUCUGGCGCAGUGCUGGGAGAGCGUCGGGAGAGAUGGUUGCCGGGAGUGUUUGAGUAAAGCCGCCGCCGCGGUGGUCGGAGGAUGUCUGCCGAGGAGGGAAGGGAGAGCGCUGAAUGCUGGGUGUUAUUUGAAGUACUCCGAUCAUAAAUUCUACGGCGACGGAGGUGUUAGAGUGCAUGGUCACGGGGAUUCAACACUGGGAGUGAUAAUGGCGAUUGCCUUAGCAUCAGCAGCAUUCGCCAUGCUUACACUCUUUGCAGCUUACGCUAUCCAUAUCAAACGCCUAAAGGCUAAACAAGCACGCAGAAAUCUGGGUAAGGUCUCGAUAAGCUUCAACAGAUCAAGCAUGAACUUCAAGUACGAAACUUUAGAAAAGGCCACUGAUUACUUCAGCCUAUCGAAGAAGCUAGGCCAAGGAGGAGCUGGCACAGUGUUCAUUGGAACUCUUCCCAAUAACCAAACCGUUGCAGUGAAGCGGCUGAUCUUCAACACAAGCCAAUGGGUGGACGAGUUCUUCAACGAGGUGAAUUUGAUCAGCGGAAUCCAACACAAGAACCUCGUUAAGCUGCUCGGUUGCAGCAUUGAAGGACCCGAGAGCCUGCUAGUCUACGAGUAUAUUCCCAACAAGAGCCUCGACCAGUUCUUAUUCGAGAAGAACAGCAAGGUGGUGACUUUGAGCUGGAAGCAGAGGUUGAACAUAGUAGUUGGGGCGGCGGAAGGGCUGGCGUAUCUUCAUGGAGAAAGGGGGUCUCCUGUGAGGAUCAUACACAGAGAUAUCAAGAGCAGCAAUGUGCUACUGGAUGAGGAUUUCAAUGCCAAGAUUGCGGAUUUCGGGCUCGUUCGCCAUUUUGGUGCUGAUAAGUCUCACCUCAGCACUGGGAUAGCUGGAACCAUAGGAUACAUGGCUCCUGAGUAUCUGGUUCGUGGGCAGCUCACUGAGAAGGCCGAUGUUUACAGCUUUGGAGUCCUGGUUCUGGAGAUUGUGAGUGGGAAAAGGUGCAAUGCUGUUAUAGGCGAAUCCAACUCCCUCCUCCAAGCAGUAUGGUUCUAUUACAGAACGAACAGACUGAUCGAAGCAGUUGAUCCAUCCCUCGAUAGUGAUUUCCCAGCAGAUGAAGCACUAACAGUGCUGCGAAUCGGCCUACUGUGCUCACAAGCUUCAGUCUCCUUAAGACCAUCCAUGGCACAAGUCAUCGAGAUGCUGACAAAUCGUGACUGCGUGAUCGCAGCUCCAAGUCAACCACCAUUCAUGAGGGGUACAGAUUUGAUGGACCCUGAUGCGUCCUUCAGGUCCCGAAGCACAUACAGUUCAGUAUCAGCAGUUUCAAAUGGGGAAUCCACCAAAGAGUCUUCUAGCCUGCUCAGCAGCCUAACCACUGGUCUAACCAGGAGUCAAGAUUCAAGAACUAACAGAGGAGUGAAAAAGUAGUCCCUUUCCAAGCUUGUAACUUCCACUCAUCAAUCAUUUGUCACUGUGGAAAAGAGGGACCCAAAAGAAGAAAAGGAUGGAAAGGGAAAGGGGUUGCUCUGGCAGGUAGCCUGCUUUUAGCUGUUUUUUAUGGCCGGUUGGUUGGGCCGUUAAUGUUGGCGGCAGAAAUGUCAAAAUAGUUUGUUGAAUUUGGGCUGAAUGUGCAGAAAGAAUCAGCAGUAGUGUGUUGUCCAUCAUCGCCAGUGGUGUCAUACUCUUUUAGUCAUAGAAAUUUUUGUUCAUUCACAUGUGGCCUGUGGGUACUGCAAUACAAAUAAUACAUGAUU